AUGAACGGACUGUCCAAUGGAGUUGGUGGAUUUGAGAACGAUUUGGCCGAUGCCUUCAUCGGAACCGAUUGGACAAGAAUCGGACGAGGUGUUAUUUCAGGAUUCUCGACGGUGGCCGAGGAUGUUGAGAGAAUUGGAGUCUCCAUAGAAAAUUACUUAAUCACCUGCAAUUUUUUAAUUGGAAUUUCAGAGGGUAAUUAG